AUGUCCGAUAUUCCAAUUGAUUUCACCGAGCUCACCCAAUUAACCCAAUUGGGUAUCUCCCAAUCAUCAUUGGACUUCAAAUCCACUACUUUGGAGUCGGAUCAUUACAUAUGUAUUCGUGAAUCGGGUCCACUGGGUAAUACUGUUGCUAUAGUUGAUUUGAAAAAUAACAAUGAAGUUACAAGAAAGAAUAUGUCAGCAGAUAAUGCUAUAAUGCAUCCACAAGAAUUUGUCAUAAGUUUAAGAGCAAAUGGAACCACAUUGCAAAUUUUCAAUUUGGGAUCUAAACAAAGAUUAAAAGCUUAUACUAUGGAUGAACCAGUCAUAUUUUGGAAAUGGCUUGAUAAUCAACAUCUUGGUUUAGUUACACAAUCACUGAUUUAUUUCUGGAAUGUGUUUGAUGGUACUAAUGAUGGUCCUAUUAAAUUGACCGAUAGGCAUCACACAUUGAACAAUGCUCAAAUAAUCAACUUUGUUGCUGAACCAGAUUUGAAUUGGUUUGCCGUUACUGGUAUUGCUCAAGAAGAUGGUAGAAUUGCUGGCCACAUUCAAUUAUACUCGAGGUCGAGAAACGUUUCUCAACCAAUUGAAGGUCACGUUUGUAAAUUUGCUUCAUUGACUUUAAGUGGAGCUGUACAACCAACCAAGGUAUUUUGUGUUGGUAACAAGAAUGCUCAAGGACAAGGAAACAUGCAUAUAAUUGAAAUUGAUCAUGUUGAUGGAAAUCCACCAUUUCAAAAGAAAGUUGUUGAUAUUUUCUUCCCACCAGAUGCUAGUAAUGAUUUCCCUAUAAGUUUACAAGCUUCAAACAAGUAUGGGAUUGUUUACAUUUUGACAAAGUAUGGGUUUAUCCACUUGUAUGAUAUGGAAUCUGGAUCUAAUUUAUUUGUCAACAGAAUCACUGCUGAUCCAGUUUUCACUGCAUCUAGUUACAAUAAUGGAACUGGGUUAUUAACUAUCAACAAAUCAGGUCAAGUUUUGAGUGUUGAGGUUAGCAGGGACAAGAUUAUUCCAUAUGUAUUGGAAAAGUUAGCCAACGUGCCUUUGGCUAUUUCUUUAGCUGGUCGUGGUGGAUUCCCAGGUGCCGAGAAUUUGCUUAACCAACAAUUCCAAACAUAUUUAAACCAAGGUGACUACACCAAUGCCGCUAAAGUUGCUGCUUCUUCUGAACAAUUGCGUACACAAGAUACCAUCAACAAGUUGAAACAUAUUACUCCUCAACCAGGCCAAAUUUCACCAAUAUUGCAAUAUUUCUCAACUUUGUUAGAUAGGGGUACUUUGAACAAGUAUGAGUCUAUUGAAUUAGCUAAACCAGUCUUGCAACAAGAUCGUAAGCCAUUGUUUGAGAAAUGGUUGAAGGAAGAUAAGUUGACUUCAUCUGAAGAGUUGGGGGAUAUUGUCAAAUCUUAUGGCGAUGCAGCCUUGGCUUUGGCAGUGUAUAUCAGAGCUAAUGUCAACAUCAAGGUUGUUUCAUGUUUGGCUGAAUUGGGUCAAUUUGACAAGAUUUUGCCAUACUGUCAAAAAGUUGGUUACAAUCCUGAUUAUACUAACUUGAUCCAAAACUUGGUUAGAGUCAACCCUGACAAGGCUAGUGAAUUUGCCACUUCCUUAUUAUCAGGUGAUACACAAUUGAAUGUUGAACAAAUUGCAGAUUUAUUCUUUUCGCAAAACUACAUUCAACAAGGUACCGCUUUCUUAUUGGAUGCAUUGAAGAAUGAUUCACCAUCCGAAGGACAUUUGCAAACCAAGGUUUUGGAAAUCAAUUUGUUGCAUGCUCCACAAGUUGCCGAUGCAAUUUUAGGAAACCAAAUGUUUAGUCAUUAUGAUAAACCAACCAUUGGUAAAUUGUGUGAAAAAUCUGGCUUGUACCAAAGAGCUUUGGAACAUUAUGAUGAUUUGAAAGAUAUCAAAAGAGUCAUUGUUCACACCAAUGUAUUGCCAAACGACUGGUUGGUUUCAUACUUUGGUCAAUUGAAUGUCGAUCAAUCCAUUGCUUGUUUGAAAGAAUUGUUUAGUCACAACUUGCAACAAAAUUUACAAGUGAUUAUUCAAGUUGCUACGAAGUAUUCUGAUUUACUUGGUGCUAAAAAGUUGAUCAAAUUGUUUGAAGAGUACAAAUGCACGGAAGGGUUGUACUACUACUUGAGUUCUAUUGUCAACUUGACCCAAGACCCAGAUGUUGUUUUCAAAUACAUUCAAGCGGCAGCAAAAAUUGGCCAAACAAAAGAAAUUGAAAGGGUUGUCAGAGAUAACAAUGUCUACAAUGGUGAGAAGGUGAAGAACUUUUUAAAAGAGGCCAAUUUGGAAGACCAGUUGCCUUUGGUUAUUGUUUGUGAUAGAUUUGGAUUUGUUCAUGAUUUGAUUUUGUACUUGUACAAGAACAAGCACUUUAAAUUUAUUGAAGUUUAUGUUCAAUCAGUCAACCCUGAAAACACUCCUCAAGUUAUUGCUGGAUUGUUAGAUGUUGAUUGUGAUGAAUCUAUAAUCAAGAACUUGUUGAUGUCAGUAUUGGGUAGAGUACCAAUCAAACCGUUGGUUGAAGAGGUAGAGAAGAGAAAUAGAUUGAAGAUUUUGUUACCAUACUUGGAAAAGACUUUGGAAGGUGGCUCCAAUGAUCAAGAAGUUUACAAUGCUUUAGCCAAGAUUUACAUUGAUUCAAACAACUCACCCGAGAAGUUUUUGCAAGAAAAUAACAAUUAUGAUACUUUGACCGUUGGUAAAUAUUGUGAAAAGAGAGACCCAUAUUUGGCUUACAUCUGUUACGCCAAAGGUGGCAAUGAUGAUGCCUUGAUUGAAGUUACAAAUGAAAACAAGAUGUACAAGUACCAAGCCAGAUACUUGUUGCAAAAAUCUGAUCUUGAUUUAUGGAACAAAGUUCUUUCAUCCGACAAUGUUCACAGAAGACAAUUGGUUGAUCAAGUUAUUUCCACUGGUAUUCCUGAGUUGGAUGAUCCUGAACCAAUUUCAAUCACGGUUAAGGCAUUCAUGGAGAAUGAAUUGCCUGAAGAGUUGAUGGAAUUAUUGGAAAAGAUCAUUUUAGAACCAUCUCCAUUUAGUGAAAAUGCCUCGUUACAAGGAUUGAUGAUUUUGACUGCUAUCAAAGCUGAUCCAUCCAAGGUUUCCAACUACAUCGAAAAGCUCGAUAAAUUUGACCCCCUUGAAAUUGCACCUUUGUGUAUCGAUAACGGCCUCAACGAAGAAGCCUUUGAAGCUUAUGAUAAAUUUGAAUUGAGAACCGAAGCAAUGAAGGUAUUGAUUGAAGACAUUGUUUCUCUUGACAGAGCAGAACAAUACGCUGAAAAAUAUGACACAUCAGAAUUAUGGUAUCAACUCGGUACUGCUCAAUUGGAUGGAUUGCGUAUUCCAGAGGCUAUUGACUCUUAUGUCAAAUCCAAGAACCCAGAGAAUUAUGCUCAAGUUAUUGAAAUUGCUGAACAUGCUGGAAAAGAAGAAGAAUUGUUACCAUUUUUGGAAAUGGCAAGAGAAACUUUGAGAGAGCCAGUUAUUGAUGGUGCAUUUAUUAAUGUUUACGCAUCAUUGGAUAGAUUGGGUGAUAUGGAAAACUUUGUUUCAGGAACCAAUGUUGCUGAUUUGGAAGCUAUUGGUGAUAAACUAUUCGAAGCUAAAAACUACAAAGCAGCAAAGAUUUUGUAUAGUAAUGUUUCCAAAUACUCCAAACUUGCUACAACAUUGGUUUAUCUUGGUGAUUAUCAAGCUGCUGUUGAUUGUGCUAGAAAAGCUUCCAACACUGAAGUUUGGAAACAAGUUAACAACGCUUGUAUUGAAAAUAAGGAAUUCAGAUUGGCACAAAUUUGUGGUUUGAACUUAAUUAUUGAUGCCGAAGAAUUACCAGAAUUGGUCAAGACUUAUGAAUACAAUGGAUACUUUAGUGAAUUGAUUGCUUUGUUUGAAAGCGGUUUAGGUUUGGAAAGAGCACACAAGGGUAUGUUUACAGAAUUGGCUAUUCUUUACUCCAAGUACAGUCCUGAAAAAGUUAUGGAACACUUGAAAUUGUUUUGGUCAAGAAUUAAUAUCCCUAAAGUUAUUACUGCUUGUGAAGAAGCUCAUUUGUAUCCUGAAUUGAUUUUCCUUUAUUGCCAUUAUGAAGAAUGGGAUAAUGCUGCAUUAACAAUGAUUGAUAAAUCUGAAGUUGCAUUUGAUCAUUCAUCAUUCAAGGAGAUUGUUGUUAAAGCCCCCAACUUGGAAAUUUAUUACAAGGCUAUCCAAUUUUAUAUUAAUGAACAACCUUCAUUGCUUGUCGAUUUGUUGCUGGUUUUAUCACCAAGAUUGGAUUUACCUAGAGUUGUUAGAAUGUUUGUCAAGAGUGAUAACCUUCCAUUGAUUAAACCAUUUUUAGUUUCAGUGUUGGAUAAGAACAAUAGAGUUGUGAAUGAUGCAUAUCAUUCAUUAUUGAUAGAAGAACAAGAUCACAAGGCUUUGAGAGAUGCUAUUCAUUCUUAUGAUAGAUUUGAUCAAAUUGAUUUAGCUGAAAGAUUGGAGAACCAUUCACUUGUUUACUUCAGACAAAUUUCAGCAUUGCUUUUCGCCAAAAACAAGAAGUUCAACAAGUCAAUUUCUAUAUUGAAAAAAGAUGGUGAUUGGGUCAAUUUAUUGAAAGUUGCUUCUGGAUCAAACCAAAAAGUUGUGCAUGAAGUACUAGACUACUUUGUAUCCACUGGUAAUUAUGAAGCUUUAGUGGCAUUGUUGUAUACAUGUUAUCAUCUUAUUGAUUCAACUUAUGUUGCUGAAAUUGCAUUUGAAUACCAAUUGGGUAAUUUUGUUGCUCCAUAUAAGAUUUAUAAAGAUCAUGUUAGGGAACAACAAUUGAUUGAAUUGUUCAAGAGACUUCCAAGUAAAGAAGAAGAGACGGAAGAGAAUGAACAACCAAAGUUUAUGCUUACAUAUUAG